AUGGCCGAAAAAACGCCACGAGGAGAUUCACAGCUAGGAUGGAUUUAUGAAGGUACCAAGGCCCUUGUGAACCGUGAGGACUAUCUUCUCGGAAAAAGGGUUGACAAGAAUUUUGAGAUGUAUUCGGAUGCGGUUGUGAAGGAAAAAGAAACACCGAUGGAAGCGAUCGUCGAAGGAAGUCGUCAACGGACAAUCGAGCAACCUGCGAAAUUCUCGAAUCUUGGUGUGAAUAUCGUCAGAAAUGAAGAUCCACUUGUUGCAAUUAAGGUGAAAGAAGAGAAAUUACGUCAAGAGAAACUGGAGAAUCCAUUGAUGAUGCUCAAAAUUCAAAAAGUUUUGAAAGAAGCGAUGGAAAAGAAAGCACGAAAGAUGCAGAAAAAGAUGGAGAAGAGAGAAAGGAAAGCAAAACGAGAACGAAAACACCUGAAGGCCGCCAGCUCUGAUGAUGAUAAUGAUAAUAACGAAAAACAUUCGCGGGAACGAGCAACUUCAUCGUCGCAUAAACACCGCCAUCAUAAGAAGAAGCACCACAGUAAGGAAUCGGAAUCAGACGGAAUGAAACGAAGGCGACGUCACUCAUCGAAUGGAAAUAUCUCACCAGCCAAAGUCACUCGUCAUCGCAGACGACGUCAUUCAACGAAGAAUUCAUCAUCUGACGAAAACAACACUAAAACAACCAAAGACGACGCUGAUCGACCUUCAACUUCGAGUGAUUUUACAGACAAGAAUAAAGCGAGUUAUUUAAAUUCUUUGAAAUCAAAAACUUCGUCAUCGACGAAACGAAGUCAUCAAUUUGAUUCACAUAUUCCAGAACAUUUACGACCGAAACGUGAAUACGAUUCAUCAAGUUCAUCUUCUGAGUCUGAUUCAGUGCACAGAAAAUCUGACAAAGCAGAUAACGGUGAUAUUAAUCAUCAAUAUGGUUUAAUUGAUAAAAAGCGGAGGAGCUCAGACUCCAAAGAUGCGCAAGGUUCAAAAGCAAGUAAUCCGUAUGAGCUGAUUCGGUUCAAGCCAACAAUUGAACCGUAUAAGAAAGAGGAACGACGUAAGUUGACACCUGAAGAAAUGGAAAUGAAGCGACUUGAGAUGAUUAGAAACGCUGAAUGGCGAAAUUCAACUCGUUCGAAGAAUAUCGCUAAAGCGCGGAAAAAUGAAGAAGAAGAAUUGAAGGAUGAGCACUCAAAACCUGCUGAUUUCAUAAGACCAAUGCUGAAUGAUGCUGCGGCGUCGAUGAGCGUUGAACGUCAGUUGAAUAGUCAUCGACUAGGAUUACAGCGCUCGCAUGGUUAUAUGGAACAGAAAUUCGCGAAUCGAUGA